GUUUUCAGAACACCCGGCAUUUGGUAGAGGAAAGGUCUCUUGAGCUUUGCAAAAGGAGGAAUUAUUUGCAUACCAACGCUUCUGUGGUAAAACACUUUCCAUGCUGAAGAUGGACCAUGCAAAUGUGACCCAAGCCAUGCUUGAUGCUGAAUCCCGCAGCACAGAGAAGAACAACAGCAACGAAUAUUUUUACAUUCUGAUUGUCAUGUCUUUCUAUGGGAUCUUCCUGAUAGGGAUAAUGCUUGGCUACAUGAAAUCCAAAAGAAAAGAGAAGUCGUCCAAUUUGCUUCUGCUCUACAAAGAUGAGGAGAGAGAAUGGGGGGAAGCUGUAAAGCCUCUACCAACCGUGGCGGGGCUGAAAUCUGUCCAGAUCCCCAUGAUGCUGAACAUGCUGCAGGAGAGCAUGGUGCCAUCCCUGUCCUGUGCCAUCUGCUCCAUGGAAGGCAGCAGUGUGAGCUCCGAAUCCUCCUCCCCAGAUGUGCACUUCACCAUCCAGGAGGAAGUGCUGGAUACUGAACUAGGGGAAGUGUCAGAAACACUCCUCAACGAGAGCAGCGAGGGGUCUGUGGAAAACAUCCAUAAGAACUCCUAGCACUUGCAGGGUUCCCUUGAUCUGCUGCCAAAGCGUGAGUGGAGCUCCCACUAAGAACUUGUGGCUCUACUUUUAUGCUCUCCAAUGAACUCUGAAGAGGUAUCUGUGCCCCUGGGCCAGAGGCGCUCCCAA